CAAAAUUAGCCUGUACACUACCACAGAGUCCCCACAAGCGUGUACAGUACGCGCUACCUAGGCGUUGCCCAUUACAACUUAGUUGAUAGGUAAGAACUUGAAAAGGUGAGGGAUUUUGAGGUAGUGUGAGCAAUACCACUCCUGACUGGCUUAUUGAAGGAGACAGAAAUACGCACCAACAUUUCCUUUAAAAUGUACUCCACACUGAAAAUGGUGCUGCUGCUCGGCAUGAUGGGUUGUGGGCAUUUCAUCACAGUGACGGUUCCCCAGAAGUUUGAGAACGUGACAAAGGGUGAAAGUGCUCUUCUCCAGUGCACCUUUGUUACCACUGAGCAGAAAACCAGUGACCUCAUCAUCCAGUGGAAUUUUCUUUCCAAAACCUCCAUGGUGCCACAGCAGGUGUAUUACUCUCAGUCAGGAGAGGGCGUGAUUUCCAAACCAUAUGAAGGCAGGUUGAAGCCUUCCAGCUCUCCAGCUUCUACCAACAAUGCCUCAAUAACAAUAAGCAACAUGAAAGUGUCCGAUGCAGGGGCCUACACCUGCGAAGUCCGCAACUUCCCUGAUGUCAGUGGGAAGACUGAGGCAACUAUCAUUGUCAACAUUCUUGAGAUGCCCUCUGUGCCAUUCUGUGCUGUCCAUGGUGAUGUGGAGUCUGGUCACCUGGUUACCCUCACCUGCCACAGUGAGCAGGGAAGCCCCACCCCCUCCUAUACCUGGACAAGACUGGACCAGGACAAGACCAAUAAACCUGUGCUGGGGUACACCGAUCCGAAUAUAGGAUCCUUGUAUAUUAGAAACAUAUCCCAGUUUGAGUUUGGAGAGUACCAGUGCAGUGCCUCUAAUGAUGUGGGAUCUGCCACUUGCACUGUGGAGCUCAAUCAUGAGCUAGGUGAUGGGGCCAUUGCUGGUGCAGUCAUUGGAGCACUUCUUGGAGCUCUCCUAAUCAUCCUUAUUGUCUUGUACAUGACACACUCCAUGAAGAAGCAGAAAUACAAGGAUAUCAAGGAAACAGAGAUGCAGGCCAAACCUAAGAGUUCGACCACGGUGGCGUAUGAAGGUGUCCCUACCAUGGGGAGUAGCCACCAGGCCUUUGUAACCUCCGAGGGGGUUCCCAUGGCAACGCAUACCCAUGUCCAUGCUGACGCUGAUGGAGAAGAGGCCGAGGCUUAGGAGAAGCCUGACACACACGUCUGGGGUGACAUCACUGUCUGGGGUGACAUCACUGAUCUGGGGUGACAUCACUGAUCUGGGGUGACAUCACUGUCUGGGGUGACAUCACUGUCUGGGGUGACAUCACUGAUCUGAAAAACACUGCUGCACUGAAGGUUACCAAUGCCUGUGUGUUUGGAGAGUGAAUCCAUAGCAUUUUUUAUUUUGUUUCUGAGUUUGUGUUUUUGUAUAAUGUGUGUUUUAUUGACACAUUUAAAUAAUGCUUCGUAUUUGUUUUGUCAUUUUAAGAAACUUAAAGUUAUUGUAUUCCGAAUAUCUUUCUUUCACACGCAAAAAAUACUAAUCACUCUACAGCCUGAUUCAUUCUAAUAUGUGGUAAUCCAUCCAUUCCCUGACUAGAUUUCAUGAUCUAUUGCCAAUUGCAUAUUCAUUGUGACAUUCUAACCAAUAAUGACUCAUCCAGGUUUUCUGGAAAAAAUAAAGAAUUUUGCAUAAACUG